AACGUAUAAAUAAAAGUGAUAACCUCUGACAAAAACUGAUUAUUCAACAGUUCAGUUUAUUUUAUUGUUGGUUCGAGAACAGAAAGAUAAACAUGAAGACGUUGUUAACAAUUGCUUUAUUAUUUUCCAUUAUUGCGGUCGUUGCGUCGGAACCUUGUGCUUAUGUUUUAUGUAGAGACGUCGGACGAGGAGCGACAAAUUGCGACUUUAACCUGCAUAAUAUUGUUUGUCCCAACGAUGGAAAUAUUCUGAUCAAGGCUGCCCAAUACGGAACCAAUCCAGCUCCUUUGAAAGAUUUGAAGGACAGGUGUGAUGGAGAAGAAUCGUGCAAUUUGAAUGGAAUUGGAACGUGCGACAGUAAUCAGAAGCGUUCAACAUUACGUGUAACAUACAGCUGUUACACAAAAUAAAUCACAUCACAAAUCUGUUAUUGAUUUUUAAAUAUUUGUUGUACAGUAGGUACAAAUAAAAGUGAGGUAAUACAAGAAAAAUAAAUGGUUUAUUAAAAAUUA